AUGGCAUCUGUAGUUUAUCGUGUAGCAUACUCGGCAGUGGUGUGGGCGCCAGAUGAAGAGGAGGAGGAGGUGGCGGUGGUAACUGGGGCAGGGCGAUUGCUCACCAUGACUAGCGACUGGCAGAGCCUCUCAGCCAGUCAACAGCUGCCACCUGGCACGUACGGCCCAGGGCCUGCUGCGUGGCAGCCAGCUGGCGCGCUGAUAGCCGCUGCUGCCUGCAAGUUGGAGGAGGGAAAGGGGGAGGAGAGAAAAGAGGAGGAGAGAGGAGGGAAGGAGAGAAGAGGGGAAGAGAGGGCGAGGGGUGGAACAUCGGUUCUGCCUGUUGAAGACGCCUCGUUUCCCGAAGCUGGGUCGGUGCGGCAGGUGGGAGGGGCAGGGCGGGGGAAAGGAGAAGGAGAGAAGGGGGGAGGCGGAGGAGGAGGAGGAGGAGGAGGAGGAGGAGGAGGAGGGGAUGCAAGUCUGAGGGCAUCAGCAUCAGCAUGCGUGCAUGAAAUUGUGUUCUUUGAGCGAAACGGGCUCGAGAGAAACCGCAUGCAGCUGGCAGGGCUGCCCCGCCCACAGCCGGAAUUGAACCCGCGACCUUUCAGUUGUCAUUCUUUCCUAGCUGGCGCUGGUUGCCCCUGCUGUGGCUGCCACGUGGCAGCAAUUGACUGGAGCAGCGACUCCCAGCUGCUGAGCGUGGCAGUGGAGACCCGUGAUUGGCUGGCCGUUCAAGUAUACUACCGAUGCAACUACAAGUGGUAUUUGAAGCACGAGUGCCGCACCAACAAGACCCACCCCCACCUAUCCGCACCCGCUCCCUCCCUACCCUCUCUCCCCCUCCUACCUUCUUUCCUCUGGCACCCGGAAUCCCCCUCCUCCGCCCUCUCCUUCUCCCCCCUCGGGAUCAUCUCAGCCGUCCAUUUCAUCUGUACGGCUGGCGCUCUUGCACCCGGCAAUCCCACCGUUGCCGUGAUCGACGGCCAGGAUUUGAGGAUCUCGUCGCUGCUGCUGCAUGGGGGGAACGGGGGUGCAGGGGGAAGGGGGAGCGGGGGGGGCAGGGGGGGAAGGGGAGGACUCAUCCCCCCGCCGUACUGCCAUAGGGUGGAAGGAUUUCCGGCUGCUGUGGUGGCGGUGGCGGGUGCUGAGCUGGCAGGUGGUGACGUGGCAGGGUUUGAUUGGUGGGAGGAGAGCGGCGAUGUGGUUGGUGUGCAGAGUGGUACGGAGGGGUGUGGAGCAGUCCAAAAGGGUAAGAAGGGUGGAGUUGAGAUUGUGGGAGCGGUGCUUUCGAAUGGUGAUGUGGGGGUGGUGGUUAGACCAGAGGGGUGUGAUUGGGUGGAUGAGGAAGAGGAAGAGGAAGAGGAGGAGGGAGAGGGAAAUGAGGGAGACGAAGAAGGGGAAGGAGAGGAAGAGGAAGAUGAUGAGGCGGAGGAUUUUCCACAGAUCAAGCGAUUCAUCGCUACUCUAGAAAGCAGCAGCAACACCACCAGUAGCAGCACUGACACCAGCACCACUAGAACCAGCAGCAGCAACACAAACAGCAGCGGCAAGUACAGCAGCAUCACGCGGAGUGACAUUGCUCGCAUGCGCCAUGCAGCCUGGCUCUCCCCCUCCCGCCUGGUGGGAGUCAUUGCCGCCACACCACAGAGUGAAGGAACUCUCGAGCAGGGCGCAUCUGGUUCUGUUGACUCGGUUGACUUUGCUGACCUGCUGGUAGAGUUGGAGCUGAGGCGAGAGAAGGGGGGAGGAGAGAGUGGCAGUAUAAUUGGAGUGGAGAGCAGCAGUGAGAGUGUGUGUGGCGGCAUGGUGGGGUUAAGAAGGGGUGGGGAGGGUAAGGAGGUCCAGAGAGCAGUGAUGAGUGUGGUGGGGGUGCUGAGGCUGAAACAGAAGGUAGUGGGUAUGGCCCGCGGCACUUGCGCUGCUGUGCACACUGUUUCUGCACCGGCUGCUGCUGGGCUGAAGGGAGGAAACGCAGUGGAAGAGAGGAAAGAGCAUCUGUAUUGGCAGCAGCAAACGGCGCAGCAGCAGCAGCAGCAGCAGGAGGUUGUUAAGGGUGGGUCAUCGGUCUUCCUAUCUCUCGCUGACGGUUCCCUCCUUCGCUACCUCUCCUCCUCCACCCCCUCUGCCUCCUCCACCCCCUCUGCCUCCUCCACCACUUCCUCUGCCUCCCAUGCACCCUCUUCCACUUCCCCCUCUCCCUUGCCCCUCUCCCCAUCUUCAACGGACCUGGUGCUCCGGUUCCCCGAGCCUUGCCCUUGGUUUGCUGUGGUGGAGGCGAGGGUUCAAAUCCAGCUGUCGUCUUCAUCAAGAUUGACUGCAGAAUUAUCAACAUCAACAGCAGCAGCAGCAGCACCUGUGGUGGUUCUAUGUGUGGGGCGAUCGCACAAAGGGCGUCUGUAUGUAGGUUCUGCCACUCUUCCUGGUAACCCAACAACUGGAGUGGUAACCAGGUUACCACAGGCACCUGAUGCCACGGCAGUGUGUGGCGACUGCUCGUCCUUUGUGCUCCACUUCAUGGCAGUUCCCAAGGCCCCCGGAGUUCCCAAGGCUGAUUCAGCGCACCAAUCAGAGCCUAAGAAGGCAUCCCAGGCCUUAUCCCCAUGCCAUGUCAUCACUCUUGUCUUCACUACAGUGUCGGGCGCUAUAGUCACACGGGACCUGCUUGCUUUGUCUCUAGAGGCGGGUUCUGGUUCCCAGGGAGCACCUGGAGGCGCAGGUGGUUCUUCAGGUGUUUUCUCAGGUGCUUCUGUUGCGCUCCCAGGUGCACUCCCAGGCAGGGUGUCGGAGGAGGGGACGAGGGCAGGAGUGGGCGGGCCGGCCGGCAGCAGAAAAGGACAAAAAGGGAAGGUGUCGUCAUCAUUGCUGUCUUGUCCUUUGUGGGAAGGGGGGGCGGUCCUGGUGGCAGGGCUUGGCCGGCUGAGAGUGGGAGGGGAUGAGAGAGUGGAGAGGGGGGCAGAGGACGAGGGGGAAGAGGGAGAGGAGGAGGAAGAGGAGGAGGAGGAGGAUGGGGAGGGGGAGGCGGAUGGGGAGGGGGAGCCGGCAGUGGUUCUCCAAGCGACACGUGGCAGUCUGGAAUUGGUCUACCACCGGGCGCUCGUGCUCCGGGCGGCGGGGCUGCUGCUGAGUCAGCGCCGCUUCCGGGCGGCUGCUGAGCUGGCGCGCCGGCACAGGCUGGACCCAAACGUGCUUGUGGAUUUCGGCGGGUGGAGAUCAUUUGCUGGUUUGGGAGGGAGAACGACAUUGAGCGGGGAGCAGAGUGAAGCGGCCUUGAAUGGGGUGCAGGGGGGAGUGGUGGGCAGUAGUGGGGUGCAUGUGGGUUCUGGGACUAGUGGAGCGAGGGAGUUUGUGCGGCAGGUGGGAGAGCCGGGGCUACGGCACGUGAGUGAGGUGAUCUAUGGUCUGAGGGAGGAGGAUGUGGCAGCGAGAGGGGGAAUGUAUGGUGAGGUGCUGGCGGGGAUGAGAGGAGAGGUAGGAGAAGGGGGAGGGGAAGGGGGAGGAGGGGGUGGAGAGGGAGGAGGUGGAGAAGGGGAGGGGGUAAAAGGCAAGGUGACAGCUGUGUGCACGGCUCUCCGGGCGGCGCUAGAAGACGUGCUGCCGCCCGGCGCCGUCCGGGACACGUGUGUGCUGAGCACGUAUGCGUGCAGUGUGCCGCCCAGGCUGGAAGAAGCCCUGUUGCGCAUCAAAGCAAAGCGGAGCUCUGAUGAUCAAGUGGUUUUGUCUAAAGACAGGUCAAAAGAUGAGCAUGCGGGUCUGUCAAAAGAUGAGCGUGUGGAUGGGUCCAGGUCUGCACCCACUCGCCAACCUGCAGAUCAACCUGAACCCACUCGCCAACUUGCAGAUCAACCUGAACCCACUCGCCCCACCCCUCUCCUCGCCCUCUCAGUGGAAGCUUCCUUGAAGCAUCUCAUGUGGCUGACCACCCCAGACCACGUCUUUAACUCCGCAUUAGGCCUCUACGAUUUAAACCUCGCUGCGUUAGUAGCCGCCCACGCCCACUCCCAGAAAGACCCCAAGGAGUUCCUCCCGAACCUCCGAGGCUUGGCCGCCGAGCCUCCGCCGAUCCGGCGGCUCAGGAUUGAUGUGAGGCUCGGGAGGCUGGAAGGGGCGGUUGGCCAGCUGGUGGCCUCUGAUUCGCCGCUGAUGGUAGCUUCUGAUUCGCUGUUGGUAGGGAGAGGAGAGGAGGGGAAGGGAGAGGAGGAAAAGAAAGAGGAGCAAGUGAGGGAGCAGGGCAAGGGAGAGGGGAGUGAGGCAGCAGGGCAGGAGGCGAGGAGGCUAGUAGAGGAGGUUAUGGCAUUGCUGCGAGCACACCCUGAUAGACUGUUUCCUGUUGCUGCUGCUGCCACUGCCACAGCUAUCGCCUCUCACCCCUCCCUCUCAUCCUCCUCUUUGUCAGAUUCCUCUGCUGCUUCUCUCGCUGCUUCUUCCACACCUACCAUUGCUUCGGUCCGAACCUCCAUUCUCAACCAAUGGGCAGAGCACCUCUUUUCCCGAGCCUCCGAGGCCUCGCUUCCCGAAGCUGCGCUUCUCUUUACCGGAGCUAACAACCUGCCUCGUGCGCUCCAGGCCUACCGCCAGGCUGGGCAGUGGCGCAAGGCGCUUACCACUGCAGCCAGGCUCGGAUUCCCCGAACCUGAGGUUCGGAAACUCGCACAGGAGCUUCGGGAAGAGCUUGUCGAGGUUGGGAGGAGGGCAGAAGCCGGGCGGCUGGCGAUUGAGUACGAGGGGGAUUCGGGCGGCGGAAUUCGUCUUUUAGUGGAGGCGCAUUGUUGGGAGCAGGCAGCGGAGGAGGCGGGGAGGAGUGGACAGGUGUCGCUUCUUGAUUCGCUGAUCGUUCCAGCAUCAGUGGAAGCAGCAAGGGGCAUGCUAACAGACAUGGAUGAAACACAGGGGAAAAUAACAGCCUAUGUUCGCCGGUUCGGUGCAGUUCGGUGCAAACGGGUGCAGAUGGAGGAGAAGCUCAAGGCCGAGAGGUUGGAGAGGGAGGAGGUGGAGAGGAGGAGGAGGGAGGAGUAUGGGGAGGAGUAUGGGGGAGGGGGGAUGGGGAUGGAUGAGGCUUCAGAAACUGCAUCUAUGGCAUCGAGUGAUGUGGGGAGCAUGGCUAGCGGCGUUACUGGCUUGAGUGCCUACACUGCAGGCUCUUCGUCUCGUGUGAGCACGGCCAGUGGAUGGACCGCCACGAGCAAGAAGACGGGUGGUAGGGCGGCCAGGAGAAAACAACAGAAGGCUGACAAGGGGAGGCGGAUUCGAGCUGGCAGUCCUGACGAGGAGCAAGCAUUGGUCGAGCACAUUCGCAUGCUCGGCCCCUCCUCCCAAACCUUGGAGGAGGUUCGGCAGCUGCUGGAGCUGCUGACAGGCUCGGGGCACGAGCCUUUGGCUCGGAGGCUUCAGGCGCGGGUGGGGGCUAUAAUCGCCACUCAUACGGCAGCUGUUGCGGAGGUGGAAGCAGCUCUUAAAGAGGAUAGACUGAAGGCAGCGGUAGAAUCUGAGGGGGUUUUACAUUCCAAUGCUGCUGGAGAUGCUGCAGCAGAAGCGGGUUUGGCUUCUUCUACAAAGAAAGACGUGAAAUGGAAGUGGGAGGUCCUAGAAGGCAUUUAA